AUGACAACUGCUCAGUACCAAGAUUCAGAUCAGCGACAACCUAUUUGCUUCACAGACCUCCCACCACCUGUUCGGCGGUCCAUUUACAUCUUAGCUGGUCUCGUCCGGUUCUGUCCAAUUAGUCUGAACACCGAAGGAGUCAACAAAGCUGAGUUCCUCGCUGAAUGCAUGGCGUAUUGCUUAGACAUUCCAGUCAGAGAUUCCAAUUCCCAGGCAAAUUCGAGAUGCUUCUAUCGACAAAAGCGCUCUUGGAAUAAAUGUGUUGUAGCAUCACCCGAGGGGUUUGACUGUAUGUGCAUGCCUCUACCAAUCGCACUUCUGCGCGUCUCCAAAGCCGUUCACAAUGAAGUAUCGUCGAUUCUUUAUGCGGAGAACAUGUUUCGAAUCUGUCGAAGUGAUCAAGGUGGUCUCUCAUCAUUGUUCGCUUUGAGCUCUGCCGCACUGCAGUCCCUGAGGUCCCUUUCGAUCAAGUUGAAUGCUUGUUCAUGUGUUCCCAAUCAUCAGUGCUCCGAUGACGACUACCUGAUCAAUAGCUUCCUGAAAGGGUGUCAGGAAUGUCAUAUGACUUGCAAGAUAGGGAGAGACUUCCCAGCCUCAGUCGAGAACGCGGCUGGCCGGGAACUGAUCUCUGAGCGGAACCAGUUACUCCCCCGCCUCGCAAUGUAUCUGUCUCCGGCUAGUCUCAGACUGAGCAUCGUUUGUGACACGCUCGACUAUGCCACUGCCAAGCCAUUCACCGACGUAUCAAUUCAGCUGCCACAACUGGCAGAAUGCUCAAUACGCCUCGGACAGGCCCCAAAUCCUGCCGUUCAUUGUCUCGCCGAGGAAGCGGUCUAUCGGCUGACAAGUAAUCCAACUGACCAUCUGAAACCUUUCAAUUUUGGUGCUUUACCCGUAGAAAUCCAGAGGCGAAUCCUCACCCACACUGAUCUUGUCUCCCCAUUCAAAGUUGCUUGGUAUCAUGGAGGUGGGUUAUCCACGUCUGAAUGUUGUCGACAAUGCACCGAUGCCCUUGAGGCUUGCUUCUGCUCUGUGCGCCAUGCAGCCUUUUCAUCCAUGCCAUGCCAGUGUUGGGUAUUUCCGUCAGCGCUAUUCCUUGUCAGCAGAAAAUUACACGAAUACGCUACAGAGAUCUUUUUCUCUAAGAACACAUUUGUGGCAUAUCCUGGAGACGCCUCGCCAGAUCCCCCAGACUCGUUACAUCUCCUUUGCUUCUUCCAACAACUUCCUCCCACCGCCCUGCAGUACCUUAGCAAUCUUCGUAUCGAGCUCUCAGGUCUCGACUAUCAUCUCGUCGAUUCAGGCACAGAAUUCCAGAAGAAUUGGACUAUGGCAAUAGACUUCAUUUCCCAGAACCUUGUGCUGCAUCGACUAGGCCUCAGAGUCGUGGAUGAAACCUCACGAGGCGCCACUGAAGCAUGGUAUACGACCGGCGUAGACGACAGUGCCGAACUGGAAGCACAAGAAUGGCAGCUGUAUCAACAUCUUGCGGAGCCGCUAGUAAAGUUGAAAAGCAUCAAAGAUCUCUGGAUACAUUUCAGUCGGCCCGUCCACGGUAAGUACUAUGGGGACAAAUCGCUUGAGCUUCGUCAACAACGAGAAAUCAUUUUGGAGAAAAGUAUUAUAGGUGAUGCAUAUGAUAACGCGGCUCGAGGCAAAUUCAUAGGAAGAGAUCGAUUACAAGCUAAGGACGACGAGAUUCGCAGGACGAUUGUGGUUGGUUCUGAUAGGACAAAAGUCUGGUUACCGGAUAACCGGCCACCUUUCAACGAAUACCAAUUCUAA